AAAUGCGAUUGCAACUUGUCGCCUUGCUCUUCGCGUUAGUGUUCAACGCUUUCAGCCACGAACACAGCCACGAGCAUCACCAUGAAGGAGACGGAAGUGAGAUUUUAACGAAAGUUGGAUGGAACGAUCAUUCGGAGGAGCUCCACGAUCAUCACGAGCAUGAUCAUGAUCACCACGAUGAGCAGUUGAUCCGCAAAAAUCAUACCAGUCAUCGGGAAAUCCAGCAUUCGCGACUGAGCACCCUCAAAGUUUGGGUCUUUUCGUUAAGUGCUGUAGUUGGAAUUUCUCUUGCUCCUUGCACACUUCUCUUCUUUAUUCCUGCACAACACGCCAAUGGCCCUUUCUUGAAAAUAUUAUUGGCUUUCGGCGCUGGUGGACUUCUCGGCGAUGCGCUUUUGCAUAUAAUUCCACAUUCAUUGAGUCCACACGAUCACAGCCAUGAUCAUCACGAUCACAAUCACUCCCACAAGGAACAUGAUCAUUCUCAUGAUCACUCGAAUCAGCUUCGUGUCGGCACAUUCGUUAUCGCGGGGAUUUUGGUUUUCAUGAUGGUGGAACAGUUGGUUAGGAUUAUUAAAGGCGGUCAUUGUCAUUCUCAUGAGAAUGGACAUAUUGUUGCUGAUGAGCAUCGUCAUUUGAAUGAGCAUGAUCACGAGCACAGUGAAGAGAAGAAGCAACAGGUUGAGGGAUUGAAGGACGUCAAAGCCAGUGCCUACUUGAACUUGGUUGCCGAUUUCGUGCAUAAUGUCACCGAUGGAUUGGCGAUUGGCGCUUCAUUUUCAGCUGGAAAUACUCUUGGAUGGAUCACAACACUGACUGUGCUUCUUCACGAGCUACCUCACGAAGUCGGAGAUUUUGCGAUUCUCGUGCAAUCUGGAUUCUCUAAAUAUCAGGCAAUCCGUUUGCAAGCCGUUACUGCUCUCGGAGCAAUCACCGGAUGCGUUUUCUCCCUUCUUGUCUCAAAUCCUGGAUCCCUGAACAACGAUGCAGAUACCAGUGCUAUUAUGCCUUUUACAGCUGGCGGAUUCAUCUACAUCGCGACGGUUUCCGUUGUCCCGGAGCUUCUCGAGUCCGGAGAUCACAACAAUCUGUCGAAAGUGGCAAAAAUGGCGCAGAGCUUGGUGCAUGUUUUGGCCAUCUGUAUGGGUGUUGGAAUGAUGUACAUCGUCAGUUUGGUCGAGUAAAAUGGACCGGCACCACAAUUUGCAUCACGAGAAGCAUCGAAAAAAUACGUUUUAACUUAUUAUAUUUUAAUUUUUUUGUAUUGUUGUUUUAUUAAUCACUUCACACAAAAUCUCCAUCUCCCGGUCUCCCCAUUCAACUUUCAACCCAAGAAUAUCUAUAGAAAUAUUGUUUUCGGUUUAAUUUUAUUGUGAUCUCUCUUUCCCUUUUUGUGUUUUUUUUUUCAAUCUAAUGCAUCUCCUCCAAAUUGGUUUGUUCCUUUUUUGGUAAAUUUUUACAAUUAACAAUUUAAGAACAAC